AUGUCCAAAUACGAACUCGCCCUCCAGCGCAUCGACGCCGCACACAGCGACGAUCCCAACACAAUCACCACCAACGACACAACCCUCCCCUAUGAACUCCACUACGCUCAAAAAAUGACCACCUACCUCGAGCGCCUCAACCCCUCCGCCUCCGACCUCCUCCGCCUCGCCAUCCGCGCCCAACACCUCCGCCGCUGGGAAAUCCCCCGCACCUCAUACCCAGCGACCAAAAUCGGGUACCACUCGUGGCGCGCUGAGCUGCAGCGGCGCCAGGCCGCGCUGGUAGAGCAGAUCUGUGUGGAGAGCGGGUAUACCUCCGAGGAGGCGGCGAGGGUGGGCGCUAUGGUGCGCAAGGCAGAUUUGAAGAAGGGGGAUGCGGAUACGCAGACGUUGGAGGAUGUGGCUUGUUUGGUGUUUUUGGAUGAUCAGUUUGAUAAGUUUGAGAGUCAGUUGGCGGAUGAGGAGAAGAUGGUGGAUAUUUUGAGGAAGAGUUGGGGGAAGAUGAGUGAGGCCGGGAGGGCGGAGGCGUUGAAGAUUCAGAUGUCGGAGAAGGGGAAGGAGUUGGUUACGAGGGCGUUGGCUGGUUGA